AUGGAACCGCUUCUGCAGCACCUGGAGCGCUUUUCUGAGGUUUUGGCGGUCUCCCGCACCACCCACGUAAGCACCUGGGACCCAGCGACGGUACGAAGGGCUCUUCAGUGGGCUMGCUACCUGCGCCACGUCUACCAGCGUUUCCGCAGCCAUGACCACAUCCGCACAACUCUGGAAAGGCGGUUGCACUGCUUGUGGAAGGAAGGCGGCCUUGGGGUGGKUCCAGUCCCUGGACUGAGGAACUUUGAGGCCCUUGGGCACUGUGACAUCCUGCUGUCUCUACGCCUGCUGAAGAACCCKGCCCUGGGGGAUGCAGCUUGUCGCUACCUGCUGCAGCAACUCUUUCCCGGCGCGGGCGUCCGGGAUGCCGAUAGGGAACUGCUCCAAGACAGUCUGGCCAGCCUCGCUCGCCGCGGGUCUGCGGUCCACAUGCUGCGCUUCUGCAUCUGCAAGGAGAACCCGAAUCCUCAGGACGACUCACUGAUGAAGACCCAGGCUGAGUUGCUGCUGGAGCGUCUGCAGGAGGUGGGCAAAACCGAAGCGGGAGGCCCCAGCAAUUUGCUCUGCAGCCUGUGGGAGCGCCUGCCACAGAACAACUUCCUGAAAGUGAUAGCGGUGGCGCUGUUGGAGCCUCCCAUGUCUCCCCAGCCCCAGGGAGAGGAGUUACUGAGUAGCCCCAGAAUCCCUGGAGAGGGGAGUCAAGAGCUACUCCACUGGCUUCUGGGGAAGUCGGAAAUCAUGGCUGCCUUUUGUCGCAACGUCCCCGCGGGUCUUUUGACUUUGGUGGCAGGUCGCUACCCAGCACUUUCUCAUGCCUAUCUGAGUGUGCUAGCUGACUGGAGUCAACGUCUGCACUACGACCUUCAGAAAGGCAUUUGGGUUGGAGCUGAAUCUCAAGAUGUGUCCUGGGAGGAGUUGUACACUAGAUUUCAAAACCUCUGCCAGGCACCCCCACCUCUGAAAGAUGAGGUUCUAACUGCGCUCAAGUCUUACAAGGCGCAGGAUGGAAAUUUCGAAGUUCCUGGUCUUAGCAUCUGGACAGACCUGUUGUUAGCUCUUCAGAGUAGUGCGUAAUACCACAUUUGGUCUGUUUUAGGUCUGAAGCCAACACUAAUUCUCCAUGA